GGAAGCUAGACUACCCGUGUAUUUCCAACCAAACAGCGCCUUAUGCCUGUCCUCGUAUAUAAUACAUUCUUGUUCCUCCCAAACACUCCCGGUAGCGGCUUCCAAGCUCAAGCUCUCUUUCCGUCCUGGUUCGCUCUGCUCCGCUCUUAUCCAUGGCGUCUGCGUUCAUUACAGUGGCAAGACCUUUCACCCCUCACAAGGCCAAUGUCCCGUCUCUCUCCAACCAGAAGCUAUCGGGGGUAAGAAGAAAUGCUCUCAGAAUCAAUGCGGUUGCCAAGAAUUGGGAACCCAACAAGGUUGUACCACAAGCUGAUAGAGUCCUGAUUCGGUUAGAGGAGCUGCCUGAGAAAUCAGCUGGGGGUGUUCUGCUACCUAAAUCUGCUGUUAAAUUUGAGCGUUACCUUAUGGGGGAGAUUCUCUCUGUUGGUGCUGAGGCUAGGGAAGUAGAGGCUGGAAAAAAGGUUCUUUUCUCGGAUUUACAUGCCUAUGAGGUAAGAGGUGUUGCAUUGUUGGGAUGUCUGCCAUUUUACUCUUUAUGUUUAAGACUCCCUUUUAUUGGCAUUUUUAUUAUAUAGAGUUCCCUAUUUUCCCAUUAACUUGAGUCAGCUGACUCAAGACCGUUGGCUUCUUUAAAUGAUGCAAUGUUUUUAAAUCUUAUUUUCCAUCCUCCUCAUCAUUAUUGUAUCACGCCUAAUACCAUGGGUGUUUUAUUUAUGCACUUGGUGGUGGCUGUGUUAGGUGGAUUUGGGAACUGAUGCUCGGCACUGCUUCUGCAAAGCAAGCGAACUGUUGGCUGUGGUUGAGUAAAGGUUUGGUACUCCCAGCCACAAAGAUUUUAUGAGGGAUCUGGCUCCCUGUGACAACAGUCAGUCUGUUAUGUGCUUGUACUGAAUUACAAUAGAUGUUUUUGCCUUGCAUGCUAGCUAUUUAUUUGUAGAAAAACCAAAAUUUUGCAGUUCAUACCUAGUCAUUUUUGCCCCACCUUGUGGGAUUUUCCGGCUCUUCAGAUUGAUGAUGACUUCUUGUGGUA